UUUACCUGGCAGGGGGUGAACUGUUUUACAAAUGCUUGACAAUAAAAUGGUAAAGUUAUACCUAAAAAAGGGAAUUGUUAACAGAAUGACUGCGACAGAUGAAACAUAUUUGUGGAGAGAGAAGAUUGAGGAGAAGCUCAAACGGGAUCAAGAUCUGCUGACAUUCGUUAGCGACAGCCUCAAAAGAAGUGAUCAGCUGACUAAAGGCAUGGUGUCCAUUCUCUCGUCGUUGGAGGGCCGUUUGGAGCACCUGGAGAACUCGGUCAUUCCCAUGCACGACAGCACACAGAACCUACUGCAGCUGAAGGGGACAACGCAGAAGACGUUAUUCUACCUGGACGAGGCCAUCAGCCAUUACCAAGCCGUCCGAGACACAGACAAGGUCAUCAUACAGAGGCCUACAGGAAGACUUUCUGACUAUCUAGCCUGUGUUCACCGACUCAAGAAAGCAGAGCAGUACUUUCAACAGGAAGACCCGGACGGGCCUGAGCUGAAUAUGCUGAGAGGUCGUUUAGAGAGUGCCAAGUCACAGCUGGAGUCCGAGUUCCAAGUCCUGUUGGGGCGCUACAGCAAGCCAGUGCAGACAGUCAGAAUCCUGGAUGUCCUGGACAAAAAGUCACUGAAUGGGUCUGCAGGCGGAGUGGAGGAGGUACAACUCAUACCCCAAACUAGGCUUCAGGACAUCAUCUCCAUCUCCACCUGGCUGAUAGGUGAGUAUGCAGCUCUGACAGCUAAGAGGAGAGUCUCUGCCAGCAAAUUCAAAACACGGUCACUGGAAAGAAACCCAUCCCACCACUCUCUGGGAAAACUGGAGCCCAGCAGCUUUUUCACCAAUAAGUCCUACUGCUCCAAACUCAAAACACAGUCUCUAGGCAGAAAGCCAUCAAUAGAAAACAAGCCAUCAAUGGACUCUCUUGGAAAACUGAAAGCAAACAGCCUGUUCACCAAGAUGAUCGGCCUGAAGUCAUUUGGUAAUUUCAAAAGGCAGUCCCUGGACAGAAAGCCAUCACUAGACAAGAAUCCAUCACUAGACUCCCUCGGAAAACUGGAAUCCAGUAGCUCUUUCACCAAGGUAUCCACCACGAAGCCGUGCAGCAGACUGAAUAUUCCCGAUAUUAGACAACCAUCUUUGGAGUUCAUCCCAUUUCUGCCUAGAGACUCCACCUCCCAUACCUUCCCAUCUUGCAAACCCAAGCCCCCAGCUUCCACCUCCUACAUCCUGCCAUACUUCAGACCCAAGCCCAGCUCAGCCUUUGACCUCAAGGCCCACUACGCCAUGGUGCGCUCCAAUCUGUUGGACUGUUCCAUGAAGGGUUUGAAGGACCACAAGAGUAGGAACCUCCUCUGCCCGGUGUUGCAGAGCAGGCGGUUGGAUUCUGCCGUCAAGAAGAACAAAAACAGAAAAAAGAUUUUGCAUCUUCAAAGUGGGCGGGACAGCAUAUUACACAUUGAGAUUGAGACCUACAUGGCCUGCAUCACAGCCUUCUUGUCCCUGGCCAAGAGUGAAUACACCAUGGUGUCCAAAGUCUUCCCUCUGAACUGCUCCAAUACCUUUGAAACUCUCAUCCAGGUGGCUCUGAACCAGCUGAUCCAGAAUGGGGAGAACAUCGUGUCCUCUGUCAGACGAGCCUGUUCACGUCACGACUACACAGCCCUUGUCGCCAUGUUACCUGUCCUGGGCCGUCUCCUGGAGGAGGACAAAGAGUUUAACACGUUACUAAAGUGCACAACAAGCGGCACCUUGGCCAAGUUUUCCAAACUCGUUACAUCUAUGAAGACCCUGGCAGCCAGAGCACUGGCGGACUUUUCUGCUCACGUCAAGAGCAACCCUGAUAGGGAGAGUAUGUCCAAGGAUGGAACAGUGCAUGAAUUCAACAGCAAUACAAUUCUAUUCCUGCAGCAGUUGCUGUCCUUUGCAGAUGCUGUUCGGUCCAUCCUUUAUCCUCAUGAUGUAGACAGUGACACAGUAACUAUGGAGGUGUCCAGUAGUGUUCAGGUGGACGUUCAACAUGACACUGAUGCAGAUGAAUCAGAAGAACAGCCAUCAGACAGUCAGGAGUCCAAGGGGAAUGACAAUCAGAGAGCACUGAGUCCUUAUGUCUGUAAAGUGCUGGAGCAUCUCCAGUACAACCUACAGAGUAAGGCCAAGGUGUACGAGGACCACGCUCUCGGGGCCAUCUUCCUCCUCAACAACUACAACUACAUCCUCAAGUCAAUGAAGAAGUCAUCUCUGUUUGAAGUGGUUAAAACCAGCGGCAGGGAUCCGGAGGUUGAGUACGGGGAACUGAUUGAGCAACAGAAGCAGGUGUACCAGCACAGUUGGUUGAAGGUGACCGAGUGCCUGACUGAAAAGAAUCUGCCCACAUUUAAGCCAGGUGACAAGUUGAAAGAAAAAGACUGUCAGGUGAUUAAAGACAAGUUCAAGAGCUUCAACGAGGGCCUGGAGGAACUGUGUAAGGCUCAGAAAGCAUGGGCCAUCCCAGACAGAGAGCAGCGCCAGGCCAUCUGUCAGGCCCAGAGAGAGAUGGUGUCCAAGGCCUACACAGCCUUUCUGCUGAGGGGAGUCUUGGCAUAUCACAGAGCUUAUUACUGGAGACUGCUGCUGAAUUCAGAAUCAACCCCUAUUCCCUAGCUCUUACUUCAUAGCCCCUAUACCCUAUUUCCUAGCUCUUACACUCUCGCCCCUAUCCCCUAGCUCUUACUCCAUAUUCACUAGACCCUAUUCACCAGCCCCUACUCCCCAACUACUCCUGUAGAUCUGAGCGGAUUGGAUGGAUACAAGCAUUAUGGUAAUACCUUCAUCUUGCCUUCUGAUUGGCCUAGUGAAAAUGUUGUUAUAUUGCUUCUACUUAUCCAAUCCUCUUAGAUCUGCAAGGGUGGCUAGGGAAUAGGGGUCCAUUUGGAAUUCAGCACACAAGGUGGUUGAAUAACUGAUGCUUUUCAAAUAUUGUAGGUGAAACUGGGAUGUCCCAUGUAUGUUUGGUACAAGACAUGGGUUAUUUUAUUCACCACGGUUCAAUAUUGAUGUGCAGUAAGAAUUUCAUACAGAACGCUGGUACAGUGAUAUUCAUUUAUUAUGGUCCUUUACACAGAUGUGACCAUGAGUUCUCCAAACACCCUGAGAGAUACCACAAAUACAGCCCAGCGCAGGUGGAGGAGAUGAUCGAGAGACUAUUUGAUAUCUCAGCCUGAGGUUGAGAACCUGCUUAGUUGGGAGAUAAUAAGGCCUUCUCACUGCCUCUAUAAGAAGUAACACACUGUUGAUUUGUUUCCACACUAAUGCUACAGCUACAGUCCCAGGCCUCUAUUCUGGGGGAUUAUAUCACUACAGUCCCCAUUACAUGUAUUCAUUAGAGUUCUAGGCCUCUAUUCUAGGGGAUUAUAGCACUACAGUCCCCAUUACAUGUAUUCAUUAGAGUUCUAGGCCUCUAUUCUGGGGGAUUAUAGCACUACAGUCCCCAUUACAUGUAUUCAUUAGAGUUCUAGGCCUCUAUUCUAGGGGAUUAUAGCACUACAGUCCCCAUUACAUUUAUUCAUUAGAGUUCUAGGCCUCUAUUCUGGGGGUUAUAGCACUACAGUCCCCAUUACAUGUAUUCAUUAGAGUUCUAGGCCUCUAUUCUAGGGGAUUAUAGCACUACAGUCCCCAUUACAUGUAUUCAUUAGAGUUCUAGGCCUCUAUUCUAGGGGAUUAUAGCACUACAGUCCCCAUUACAUGUAUUCAUUAGAGUUCUAGGCCUCUAUUCUAGGGGAUUAUAGCACUACAGUCCCCAUUACAUGUAUUCAUUAGAGUUCUAGGCCUCUAUUCUGGGGGAUUAUAGCACUACAGUCCCCAUUACAUGUAUUCAUUAGAGUGCUAAUUGCUAAAUGUAUUAUUACACAUGACUGUCUAGUUCUAAACAUGUUUAAAUAAAUAUUGUUAAAGCCCUACUUAAGAAUAAACACAUCUAUUUAUUUUACCCAGAAACUCAAAACAACUAGCUUUUUGUUUGUGCUUGCAACAUUUCUGAAGACCCAAAUACACCAAUAUUUUUUGAAAUGAUGGUUAAAAGCGAAUAAAGAAUUUAUGACCAGAAUUCUAAUUGGUUGAUCUCACAUUGAGAACCAAAGGAGAAAUAUAAAAUGAUGACUGAGUAAACAAUGAGGACAGUGAGAUAGAUACAGAAACAGAUCAAGUCCACUUUGUUGGCAAAGCGAUGGUGUAUAGCAUUUUUCUGGUCUUGUGCAGCCAUUUUGUUGAGAAACUUCACCACCUUCUGGAGGGCUGUAUUCUUCUCUUCCUCUGAGGCUUUAAUAUCAGACAAAGUAAAUGAGAGGAAAAAGGAUAACCUAUUAUUAAUAUAACAUGAUUAAAUAAAGAUGUAAAAAUUAUUGACCUUUCUGUAAAAUGACAGUUUUCAGUGACAGGUGAAAGAUCAAAUGGAGUAGCUGUCCAGACCAGCGUAAACACCAGACAAAUGAUGCUAACAAGAAAAUAUGCUGGGAAAGACUGCAUGCUUUAACUGCAGCUAAAGGCAGUGAGUCUUUGGACUUGGAGAGGCUGCAGGGCCAGAGAGUGCCACACUUAGCCAGGCGUGUGAGCACCAUAGACUGCAACGUGCUCAACACCAGGAUGACCAAACAGAAACAGAAGUGCUUUCCUAUGGAGAACAACGAGAGAGAUGU